GUGUGUGUCGUGGCUGCAGGCAACAGCAGGAGGCCCUGGCCCUGCAGCGCCUGAUGGAGGCCCAGAGCCAGCAGCAGGGUGGGCCGAGUGGCGCCCCGCCCCUGUUCCUGUGCCCCGACGGGGCGGGGCCCGUUCUGGCCCCGUCGCUGCACCCCCCGAGCGGCGCCCAGCAGCCGCAGGGGGGCCCCUCCCCGUCCCCAGCCCACCCCGAGGGGGCCCCCUCCCCGAUGGGUGCCCGCUGCUCGGCCCUCACCCCGCCCCCCAUCCAGGUGGCCAGUGAGGCCGUCGUGCUGGACCCCAACGUUCAGGCGGAGGUGGUCAUCGCCUCCCCCUCCAGUGGCGAGCCUGGCCACGCCCACCUGCACCACCACAUCCACCAACACCACUACCACCAUCCGCCCACCCCGCCACGAAUACACCACUUCCCGCCGCUGGCACUGGCUCUGCCGCCCACCGUGACCAUGUCGCAGCGGUUCCCGGACAUGUAUGCCAUCUCGGCCCUGUCCGACAUUCCUCACUACGUGUCUCUGCCCCACUACAUGCCCCUGCUCUCCAGGCACGUCCAGGUGAGAACUGACGGCGAGGUUCAGAGCGUUUUGAAAUUGAAUCCGAACAAGCUCCUACUCGCCUUCGACGAAAGGAAGGACGACCUCGACGCUUAUAUAAGAAGGUUUGAGGGAAUUGCCUUAAGUCAAAAGUGGCCAGAGAGCCAAUGGGCCACCGCCCUAAGCACGUGCCUCACGGGGGAAGCCCUCAGUGUGUUUGGGCGAUUGCCGCCCGUAGAUGCCGCCGAUUACGGCAAAGUGAAAGCCUCACUACUCAAGAGGUUCCGGUUCACCGUUGAGGGCUUUCGCGAUAAAUUCCGUGAUGGGAAGCCAGUAGAUGGAGAGACGGCCACUCAAUCCGCCGCCAGGCUCGGCCACUACUUCAACCGGUGGGUCGAGCUGGCCGCAGUGACCAAAGAUUUUGAAGGUCUCCGGGAGCUGGUCAUCAAAAAGCAGUUUUUAAAGGGUUGUCAUCCAGCACUGGCCAGCUACUCGAAGGAAAGAAAACAGCCGCAUUUGGAAGGACUGUUGGAGAUGGCAGACCAAUUUUUGGACGCGCAAGGUCAUAGUAAGCUGGGGAAAGCCUGGAAAAACGAGGCCGAACCCUCAGCGAAGAAAAGUAGCGAGAGGGGCGGGCCUCCGAGGCCUGCUAUUAGGUGCUACCUCUGUAAUAAGACGGGGCACAAAGCUGCACAAUGUCGUAGCCUGUACAGCACCGGACAGGUGCCCACAUGUCAAAGGUGUGGCAGGAAGGGACAUAAGACGGAGGUCUGCCGGGGCCAGACGAAACCUCAGGCGUCGGGCAUCUAUAUGCCCCGACAAGACAGAAAGGACAGAAACGUCACGGAUGGGUUCUUAGAGCUGAAGGAUGGGACGAAAAUUCCGGUCGUCAACGCGGUAAUGACCCCGCGCCAUAAGUUCCUGGUCGAGAGAAUGCCAGUCGUUGAGGGCGUAAUCGGACAGAAAAAGAUAACGGUUCUGCGCGACACGGGGAGUAACACGGUCAUCGUAAGACGAGGAUUGGUCGACGACGGCCUCCUCACUGGAACCAAGAGGCUGGUGUAUCUCGUCGAUGGAACCGUGAAAAUGCUUCCCGAGGCCCAUAUCCACGUUAAAACGCCCUACUUCGACGGAGGACUCAAAGCCCUGUGCAUGGACGGGCCCCUGUACGACCUCGUGCUCGGCAAUAUUCCCGGCGCUAGAGAACCGGACGACCCCGCGACUGAUGUAGGGGUGGGGGACGACCCGAUACCGACCGAGCGAGUGCGGCAGGACCCGGCGGAACGCGACACACAGGACGAGCCAGGACGCGAAACCCGGGCGGAAGUGGAAGAUCCCCUAACUCCGGCGUGUGCUGUGGAAACGAGGACCCAGAGAAAGAAACAAGAAACUGGAUUGAAAAAACAACACGUGCCUCAAAUCGAAGGGCUGACCAUCGACACGCCGGGCUUUGCAAAGGAGCAGGAAGAGGAUGACACCCUGCGCCCCUGCUUUAAGCGGAUUGGGGAAAAGGCCAGGGGAAAGACGGCCACAAUCACUUACACAACCGGAGAGGGGCAAGGGCUUCUUUAUCGAGUAUACCGGGAGCGGUGGGGGAGAGAGACGCGCCAGCUCGUGGUGCCUCAAGCCCACCGAAAAACUGUGCUGCAGGUUGCCCAUGAAAGCAUUAUGGCGGGACACCUGGGGCAGUUGAAAACGAAGAGCCGUAUCCUGGAAGAGUUCUUCUGGCCGGGAUUGGGUUCAGACAUACGGCGGUUCGUGCUAUCGUGUGACAGGGUUGCUAUCGACAUCGUGGGACCGAUUGCCCCGGUUUCGGGCCGAGGGAACCGGUACAUACUGAGAAUGGUAGACUACGCGACUCGCUACCCGGACGCCGUGGCUUUGCCCAGCAUCGAGACCGAAAGAGUGGCAGAAGCCCUGGUCAAGGAUCUAAUGAAAGAGAUCAGCCGGCUCCUGUCGAUAAGGCAGUUGCACACGUCCCCCUACCACCCCAUGGCAAAUGGAUUGGUGGAGAAGUUCAAUGGAACACUUAAACUCAUGCUGAAGCGAAUGUGCUCCGAGAGACCCAAGGAUUGGGACCGGUAUUUGCCCGCAUUGCUGUUUGCCUGCCGGGAAGUGCCGCAGGCGAGCCUCGGUUUUUCGCCUUUUGAAUUGUUGUACGGUCGCCACGUCCGGGGCCCGCUAGCCAUUUUGAGAGAGAUAUGGACCAACGUCGAGCUCGACGCAAAGCUCCUGACCACCUAUGAGCACGUGCUCGACCUCAGAAAUCGCCUCAAGGAGACGUGCAAAAUCGCCCACGAGGAACUCGCGAGGUCGGGAGCUCGUUACGCCCGGUACUACAACCGGAAAACCAAGGAGCGGAGCUUCCAGCCGGGAGGGAAGGUGCUCCUACUCCUCCCCACGGACAACAACAAACUUCUGCUGCAGUGA